AUGGAUGGCCCAGCCCCCUGGCCGCACAGCUUCAUUGUGCAAGAUUUAGUAGAUGUAUUUGUCAUGAUGGCAAUGUUCCUUCCUGGCUUGGAAGUCACCAAGUUUGUUACCGAGUUUGUUAACUCGAGUCAAUGCGAAGAGGUUCGCAACAGUGGCGUCUUUGAUAUUGAGGAAAGGAACAAGGUGAGGCCUGAUCGACGAACAGGGACAGGUUACAUGUUCAGAGAAAAGGAGUUUUGGAACGAGUGGAAUGAGUUCUACAACGACGAUGAAGAGGAUGAAUCUUGGCCGGAAAGAUAUCUUAUGGAAUGGAGUCUGACUGUCCGACCAACCCUUGCCCACUUCUACAAGGCGGGAGUUAUAACCCCGGUAAACGUGGAACCUCAUCCCGAACUUAUCAGGGGCAUAGCCACAGCCCAAAUGGAGCCUCAUCGACCUGGCAAGCUCGAUCUCUUCAUCAACUACAAGGAACAACACGCAAGGUUCAACACGAAAAUCGAUCCGUCUUUUUCGGCACCCUCGCAAUGGCCAGAAAUCAUCCCGCACGCUUCGCCCUCUUGCGUACCUGGUCCUCACCGCACUACUACCCCUUCAUAUAUGACUGCCAGUGAGUACAGCCCUCAUGAAACCAUUAAGAGGAGGCUGGGGUAUCUCAAGCAUCAGUUUGGAAGCCGCGUGAUCAAUCGUGGCGAUUUGAUCCUUGUUAUGGGUGAAGAUGAGGAUGACUUGUUCAAGUACUGUAUUACGGUUACAUUGGCGAUUCAGACUAAGCCUUGGAUGUGGGAGAUUGAUCUGUGGAAGAGCUUUAUCAAUGUGGAUAUGGAUUUUAUCGAGAGGAUGGAAGAGCAUUGA